CACUCCCAAACAGACACACACUCACUCACAAAACAGGAAGACUAUACCUGUUUGGUAUGAGUUGGCUGGGAACUGUCAGAGGUAUCUGAAGACGAGAAGAUUUGAAUGACAACAGGAUUAGGAUCAUUGGCAGCAAAGUGAAGAGCGGGUUUGGCAGAGACAUACCCUGGAUUACAAAAUUGGGAAAUAAAGUCAUCAAACCACUCCAGACCAGAUCAUCAAGAAACAGAGAAGCAUUCAUGAUUUUACAUGUGCUCUUGGCUGUCCAUGUGCCACCUGUGUGAGUGUGGCUUACAGAUCCGGGGACGUGGGAUGAUGCUUUCUAACUGACCGCUAUCAGCCUGUCAACAAUGUUCACCCCGAGGAAAAACAGUCUUCCCUCCCCCAGCCUGGAGGACUCCUUUUUCCCUCUCUCCUCAUCCUCCUCAGUCUCCCUCUCCUUUACCCUGUCCUCAUCCACAUCCUCUCCCGGCAGCAGUGACAGCGGAGGAGGGAUAGAGACGGAUCUGAUCCUAGCUGCAGAGCUGGGCCAGGCUUUACUGGAGAAGAACGAGGAGCUGGCAUCCUCUCUGAAGCAGAGUGAGAGGCAUGUGGAGGCUUUGCAGCAGGAGAAGCAUCUUCUUCAGAGGAAGCUGGAGAUGAAUGAACUGGCAUCAGGGCAGCGAGAGGCAGAGCUGGCUGCAGACUUAGCUGCCUUGAGGGCUGAGCUGGAGCGACAGCACAGCCAGGGACGCGACCGGCGUAGGGAUGAGAGUGAACAGUUGACUCAGUUAGCCAAUCAUAACCAGCGGUUGGUGGAGCAGCUGGCAGAGGCUGUGACUCUGGAACACUCCCUGAGGACUGAGCUUCGCUCCCUCCGAGAAGAGAUGGAAGAAUCGUCUUUUAGCCGAAAUAUCAACUUCACACAGUUAGAGAACAUACAAGCAGAGAAUAGAGUUUUGCUGGAGCGGCUGUCGCACAUGGACGGCAGGCUAAAAGCCUCAGAGGAGGACAACGACAGACUCCGCACAGAGAGAGAGAGGCUGAGAGACAGACUGUCAGAAGUGCAAACAACACUGAGAGAGAAAGAGGCAGAGAUAGAGCAGGAACAGGGAGUGGUGUUUGAGCUGCGAACCAUGAAUCGCUCUCUACAGCAGAAAGCUUUGAACCUGGGAGAAGAGAGCGCUCUGGACACUACACACACACAACCUCUGUCUCUGCUGAGUGAAAUUCAGCAAUCACAGGCGAAAGAGGCUCUUCUAGCUCACUCCACAGUCCUGCAGGCAAGAGAUGAAGAGAUACAAGUGCUCAGAGAGGAGCUGCAGUCUCAGCGAGAAGAGCUGGAGUCUUUGAGAGAGGAAAUCAAGCCAUUUAGAAGCAGUCCUGGCAUGCCAAGUUACAGUUCCCUUGAGAGUGAACUGGCCACUGUGCGUCAGGAGAAAGACUCCCUAACUCAGCAGCUUCUCAACACCAUCAAACACAAGGUGGCGCUGUCUCAAGAGCUGGAAGCCUGGCAGGAGGACAUGCGGUUGGUGAUCAAUCAGCAGGUGCUGCAAAGGGAGGAGGAGAGGCAGAGGGAAAAACAGGAAGAGAGAAACAACGCAGGAGGACUCCAGAGAAGCAAGUCUUUGAGAGUGAAGGGAGAAGGAGGGAAAGGAUUCUUCUCCUUUUUCAAAGACAAAUAACAGAGAAGUGGCAGCAGUUUAAGCGGGACAGAAUAUCAGCCUUAAGCUUUGCCACUUUGAACUUGUGCUGCUAGAUAACGUAAUAAUAAGAUAAUUACAGACCUCAUAUUUGAAUAUGUUUGUAUAUAUAUGUACAGUAUAUCAUUAGUUUGUAGGACUUUAUAUUAAAAAAUGAAAGCCA